AUAGGAACAGAGGAAGCAUGCAAAGACGACGCAGUUACUCUCUCUCUUUCAAUUGUGGAGCUUAAACAGAGUAGCCCGCUUCCACAGUUCACACCUUAGACCCUAUUCUCCCGCUUCUUCCCACUUUUUCGUUAUCGUUCCUCGCAAGAACCGUGUUCUCUUCUUCAUUCUCCGAGUUUCUCAUUACUAUUCUGGUUUCAUUUGAUCUCAUCUGGCUCUGUUUUUGCUCAUUCUGAUUAACUUGGCUUGGACAUUGUCAGAAUGACGCCUAUCAAUCUAUCUAGAGUUUUGCUCUGUUAUAUAUAACCUUUCCAUUUUCUUCUUGAAUCCCCAUCAAGGUUGCUUUGAAGGCAGAAAUGUAAGCUGAUUAGUUGGCGAUAAUAUUACUGAAAUGGCCGAGAGAAAUGCCGUGUCAUCCACGAAGGUUCUUUCUCGCAAGUCAUUGUUAUGGUUCUUUACGAUCACAUCUUCCUUGUUUGUGUUAUCUUGGUUCUUUGUUCUUCGUUCGACCAGUCGUCCCCGUUUCAGUGAUACUGAUUUCUUACCCAGUUCUCAGCUCUCCACUGAAUUCGAUAAUUCAACCUUCAAGAAGGAUAAUCUAAAUGCUGAGCCCUCCAUCGGCAGUCGAGCAAUACUAGUGAACACCGAGGAAAUGGAAGCAACCCGCGAGACAGAAACGCUAUCAGAGAAUCAAACACCUUCAACAAAUGACGAAGCAUCCAAGUGCAGUAGAAAAAACGACAACGUUGUUCCUCUUAAGGUUUUCAUGUAUGACUUACCUCCAGAGUUCCAUUUUGGACUCUUGGAUUGGAAACCCGAAGGAAAUACUGUUUGGCCUGACAUUUCAACCCAAAUACCUCACCAUCCUGGGGGCUUGAAUUUACAACACAGCAUAGAAUUUUGGCUCACCAUGGAUCUUCUUGCUUCAGAACUACCUGAACCCCCCAAUGCUGGCGCUGCAAUGAGAGUUCGCAAUGUUAGCGAAGCUGAUAUCAUAUUUGUUCCGUUCUUUUCUUCUUUGUGCUAUAACCGGCAUUCCAAAACCAAUAAACACGAAAGAAAGAGCAUGAACAGGGUACUGCAAGAGAAGUUAGUGCAGUUUCUGAUGUCUCGAGAGGAAUGGAAGAGAUCUGGCGGAGUGGACCACUUGAUAUUAGCUCACCAUCCAAAUAGUAUGUUAACGGCCAGAACGAAGCUGUGGCCUGCUACACUCAUACUCUCAGACUUUGGGAGGUAUCCUCCAAACAUAGCAAAUGUUGAGAAAGACGUGAUUGCACCAUAUAAACACGUGGUCAGGUCCUACGUCAACGAUUCCUCUGACUUCGAUAACCGACCGAUUUUGCUCUACUUUCAAGGGGCAAUUCACAGAAAAGAUGGUGGCCAUGCUAGGCUAGCUCUGUAUAACAUGCUGAAAGAUGAGAAAGAAGUGCAUUUUUCAUCUGGGAGUGUUCAGAAAGGUGGGAUCAGGCAAGCAACGGAGGGAAUGCAUUCUUCUAGGUUCUGUCUCAAUAUAGCUGGUGACACCCCUUCAUCAAAUCGCCUGUUUGACGCCAUUGCUAGUCACUGUGUUCCUGUGAUCAUAAGUGAUGAGAUUGAGCUGCCAUACGAGGAUGUCGUCGACUACUCUGAGUUCUGCAUAUUUGUUCGGACAAGAGACGCACUCAAGAGAAAUUAUCUGAUAAAUUUCAUUAGGAGUAUCGGCAAAGAAGAAUGGACCCGAAUGUGGAAGAAACUGAAAGAGGUGGAACACAUGUUCGAGUAUCAGUAUCCAUCAAAGGAAGGAGAUUCUGUGCAGAUGAUUUGGCGGGCCGUGGCUCGAAGAGUUCCUGCAAUGAGACUCAAGUUACACAGAUCCAGGCGCUAUACUCGAUCUCUGCCUAAGAAAGAGAGAAGCUUACCCACAAUACCUGCACCAGUGAAUUACUGGUUAGAAAGGAGAAAUAUUAUUGUAAGAAACCCCGCAGCCUAGGUGUUUUUGUGCUUGACGGAGAAGAGGCGACUUCAUACUGGCAUUGUGUAGGAAAAGCCGGCAGAUUCUAUUUGUGACCGUGGGUGUCGAAUGAAAUUCUAACUGUAUUUCAUUCGAAUCAACCCUUUACAUACUACGAAUGACAUGUCUGUGUCUCAACGCAUAUCAGUCCUGCUUUUCCUUUCUGCUGUUAGUUUUCUCCGUGUCAGCAACAGAGUAGUGGGCUGAGGCCGCUAAUGUUAUACAUGAGUAAGUUAGAAUCUUUGUUGUCCUUCGUGCUACAGUUUGAGCUACAGUUCAACGGCCAUGUUAUCUUAAUCCAGUUUUUCAGUCAUUAUAUUUAUGUGUAAUGAAACGCGUGUCUCGUCCAUUCAUUUGAGUCUGUCAAUGUAUAUUUUUCUCACAAGGAAAGGGGGGGUGUUUAUGACUUUCAUGACAAAUGAUGAGUUCCUACCCUACCAAUGUAUAAGAUAUAUGGAUUGACAAAUGAUUUUUCAAA